CUGGAGAACCUGGAACAAGCAGAGAGCUCAGUACAAGGAUCACAAGAAGGCAGCCAGUUACACAGUAACACCUGGAGCUCAGUCUGCAGCUCACACUCAGCAGGAUAGAUGUUUCUCUCACAGGGUUUACUCACCUGGACCCUACUCCUGUCAGUUCUAGCAGGUUCUGUAUCUUCUCUGCAGACUGUGAAUGGGGCUGUGGGAGGGUCGGCGAAUCUGACAGUGAAUCUAGCUCUUCCUCCCCUUGAAAUUCUUCAGGCUCAAUGGAGAUUUAAUACAAACAGUCUGAUUGUGACAUUAUUUUUAAACAAUCCUAUAGUAUAUUCUUCUGCUUACCGAGAGAGAUGUGAACUGCUUCCAGAUUUAACUCUCAGACUGGACAAACUGACAUUAGCUGAUCAGGGGGAUUACACUCUGACUGUAACUAAUACUGCUCUUGGAAAUGAAACAAAAGUAACAGUGUAUCUCGCUGUUUACAAGCCCAUCACCAUAACUCCAACUCUUAAUGCUGCUGACAGCUUUCCUGCUAAUGGCAGCAAUGUGAAUCUUACUUGUAACGCCCCCGAUCAGACUGUGGAGAAUUACACCUUCUAUCGUAACCAAGUGAAUGCCUGUUCUCAGAGCCGUGUGACCUGUGCUGGGUCUAACCUGACCUUCCAUCCAAUCAUAGCCAGUGAUAAAGGAAACUAUACUUGUACUAUCCAAAACCCCAUCAACAAUAAAACCAGUGAUCCCUUUCCUCUCUGGGUGACAGUUCCUGUCCAUGAAGUGAUGAUAGGAAGCAACACUAGCUCUUUGCUAUGGGUUGGAAAGGGUUCCGUAUCUUUAACCUGUACAGCUCUUGGUACUGAUGUUCAGUUUUCCUGGAAUCUAAAUGGAGCUGCACUACCUUCAGACUCACGCUACUAUCUUAACCAAAAUAAAUUCAACCUCAUUAUUAGCCCAGUGGAUAGAAGUGACCAUGGAUCUUUUACAUGUAUUGCCAGCAACCGGUUGAAUAAUGUCACCAGUGAAGCCUUGACACUUAACCUGGCCUGGCAUCCAGAGGGAUCAAUAAAGUGUUCUGCAAAUGGCAAUAAUGAAAACGUGCAGCUUCUCUGUUCCUGGCCAGGCGGCAACCCUCCUGCAAACAUCAACAUGACAUUUAAUUCUAUUAUUCAGAAUGGGAUAAAUGAGGUCGCCAAAAAUGUGUCGUUAAUCCCGCCUAGUUCUGAUCUGAGGCUCUCCUGUUAUGGUGCCCAGGGAGGACUAGAGGCGGUCUGUGCUCUUGCAUUAGCAAACCCAUAUGUAUACGAUUUCAAAAAUUACAGCACAACUCCAGUGGUAGAAGGAAAUUCAGCAACGCUGACAGUCACAUUGACUGGCAAUACUGUUGGGAUUAAUUCUCGUGCCCCGAUACCAGAAGCUAAAAUCCUACCUGCAACCUUCACAUGGUUUCACCUCAAUCCUAAUCCCACCCCAGUGUCUGAAGGGGUGGUGUCCACUCCUUCUACAUCCAGUCUAACAGUGUCUUCAGUGACAGAAAAGGAAAAUGGAACUUAUGAAUGCAGAGCAGAGAACUUGAUUGGAAGCACAAGUUUCUUCCACAUAAUACAUGUGGAAGCCAAACCAAUUCCCCCUCCCUCUAAUGGACUGGGUCCCGGUGAGAUCGCAGGUAUUGUGAUUGGAGUACUUGCUGGAUUGGCUAUCAUCGGAAUAAUUAUUUUCUUUAUCGUAAAGGGAAACAAAACAAAUUCUACAAGAGCUCACAUUUAUGAGAAUACAGAAAAUCAGGCAUCUCACAUUUAUGUAAACACCAUGCCAGGAGCAGAGAUGGAGAAAAAUAAAUUCACCACAGAAGAGCCCAGCUACCAGGAUUUGAUAUUCCAAGAUAAAGCAGAAUACAGCACUAUAAUUACAGCACCUAAGAAAUAAGCCAGCUAAAGUAGUUUGGUGAAUCAGGAGACAAGAAUUAGAUGACCUCUGGGUUCCCAGGAACAAAUCCUGAACAGAAUGGAAACCAUUUGCAAUGAAGAACUUUCUGUAUGAAUCUAACUGCAAAAUGAAUGAAAAUAAUCAGCCCUUACUGGCAUGUAAUGAAAAAUGAAAGGACUAGUUGUGUACCUCAUGGAAACUUUUUAAGAAAA